AUGGAGGAGUCUGACCUGCUGAAAAACAGGCUGCAGGCCAUCACUGAGAAACAUCGCAUCCAGGAAGACAUUAGACAGAGGAAACUGGACCUGGACCGAGAGAAACUCAAACUUCAGCAUCUAAAGAAAAAAGCCCUGAGAGAGCAGUGGCUGCUACAGGACUCAGCUUCCUACAAUGCAACAGACUCCUCACUGCAAAAGAGCCUUCUGUCUGACCAGCGGCAGACCAGAGCACUGCAGCUCAACAUCCACAGGAUAGAAAUGGAGGUGGAGUCUUUGGAGAGAGCGGAGUCUAUGAUUUCUACCAACGCGGCUUUUAUCCUCAACAGACUGAAAGCUGUGGAGAAAAGUCCAAGGGACAUUAUCAAGGAGGCCCAGGACAGCUUUGUUCCUGAGCCGUUACUGGUCACCACAGGGAUCCCUGAUGUCCCAGAAUCCCUCUCUCCACCAGCCAAUAAACACUCUGAAGCAAACGCAUCGAGAAAGAAUCUGUUUGCCAUGGAGAUCAAUGUGACUGAAAAGCUGUUGACUGGGCAGAGCACACGACUUUCUACUGCAUCCCUUCCUCCUGAUGAGUUGAACCAACACGCCAGCCUCAAGGUUUACGACGACGGCAGGAAGUGGGUUUAUGCCUUGAAUUCACAAGAGGGGUCACAUGAUCAGAGCUGUGUGUCUGAGCUCUCAGCCAACAAGGUUGAACAGUUGCUGAGAAGCGCCACAGUGCAUCGCAAACUAAACCACCAAAACCACCACCUUAAUCACAGCAGAAGGGAAGAACAUUGUCUUUACAACCACUGCGAUGAGAGAGAUGGAGUGAAGGGGUUUGACCUUAGAAACCAGCGAGGAUAUUAUGGUAACCAUCUCCUCAGAAACACCAUACCGGAGAAAGACUUUAACUGGAGGGAAAACUGGCAGAGAAAACCAGGGGUAGAGUAUGGCUAUGGUCACCAGGAAAGUAUUUACAGACAGCAGGAAGAGAGAAAUAACCAAAGCAACCUGAGGGAAGGUCAUCGCCUCGGAAACCACAAUAGACUGAGACAUCCCUUUGGUAACCAGAAAGAUCGUCACAGUUCGUACCAGGUGAGAAACUGUCACGGACUUCAGGAGGAUCGGCCUGAUUACCACCACGCCAGCAGCAUCAUCCGAAGCAAUAGUGUGGUAAAUGUGGGCAGAACCAAUGAUUGCACUCCUCCCAAAUCACAUGACCAGGAAACCGAGUCUGUCUACCCUGCGCAGCUCUGCUACACUCCUGCCAAUUAUAUUCCUCUGAGUGAUUACAUCAGCGUGAACGAAGAAGAACUUUAUUGCUACAGCCCACCAUCUUAUCCCAGACACAAUGGCAGACCACCCACUGCCAUGUACAGUGGCCCCACCCACUCUGAAAGAGUGCCCUCCCCCCUCUACGGCGACAACAACCCUUACACCAUCAUCAAUGCCAUGGAAGCUACUGAGCCAAUCACAGCCAUCUUCAUGGGCUUCCAGAUGGCGCAGGAUGACAGUGGGCGGGGUCAGGAGUUUGAGGGCUCCCUGAAGGCAGAGCUGGUCAUCAUUGAGGACAACAAAGACAACAUUAUGAAGGAGAAGAAGUGCCACGUCCAGCUUGCGGACAAUAGGUAUCCAACAGGAAGUUCAGCCAAUGGAAAAGUGGGAUGUGUGGAGGGAGUUGGAGACAGAUGGACGGAGAGACGGGUGGGACCAGGUAUCAGAAAGAUCCAGAAAAAACACAAACCCUGCUGUACUGUGUGCUAA